UGAGUGGCUCCUGGUGCAAGAAGAAUGAAAUCCAGGCUCCAAAUUGGCUUCAAGCCCGCUGUCCAGCUUGUUCUGUCCCUCCUUUGCUCACCACACUCCAGCUUGCCUAGUCUUCCAAAUCCGCAGGGACACUCCACGAUGCCUCAGGACCUUCGCACAUGCUCCUCUGCUUUAAACACUCUCACCUCCAGCCUUUGUGUGACUAGCUUGCCCUCCUCCCUCCCUUUCUUCUCUGAUGUCACCUCCUUAGCCCUUUGAGGCAGGGACUUGUCCUGUUCCACACUGUACCCCAGCCUGUGGCCCAGGGCCUGGUACCAGGUCAGGCAGAGGGAGUCGGGGGUAACUCUUACAGAACCUACAGGACUGGGGUCCACCGGGAGCGGGGCACGUUGAGCAGGUAGCUCCACUAUCUCCACCUCUAGUCUUUGGUGGGAAUCAGCUGCUCCAGGUGUAGGCAUCUUUUCUCCAGCCCCAGGCAUGCUUCAGCCUCUUUCCCAGCUCUCGUCUUGGUCUCGCCACCCACCAAGCACGGCCCCCCCCAGACACUUGGUCCUUCACACGUCCCUGAUCACCCAGUUUUUCUGCUGCCUUGGCAUCCGCCCGGGGACCAGAUGUCUCUUCCUCCCUGACGAGAUCCUCAGGCCCGGGGCUGUAGCUCCGCCCCUGCUGUCUUCCGUCCUCCACCUGCGCAGGCUCAGGGGUAGCCAUGGGCACGCAGCCCUGCCGGACGUCCAUCCCUGGUGGAUACGUUCAUGGAAUCCUCCUCCAGCUGUUUUCAGGAAGAAUUCCACGGAAAGCUUUUGGGAACAUCUGUAACACACCCCUCAGGCCCUAGAGUUUGGGAGCACACUUCAAUGAAAGGGCAGUUUAGGGGGUAUUCGAGACACCCCAAAAAAGGGGGGAAGAAUGUCUUCAGCAAGUUCCCCAGCAAAUGAUGGCCGUCCAUCCUGGGGAAAGAAAGAUCCCUCCAAGGAUGAUUUGGGUGGAACUUUUCAUAUUUCGGAAGGGAGAAUUCCAGGGGCUAAAAGAAUAUGUGUGAGAUCCAAGCCUCGCUCCGCAAGGAGGGAUGCGUGCCAGACGCGCGCUGCCCUGGAAGCUUGUGGACCGGAGACCGCGAGCUCCGCAGACGAACAAGGGGCGGCCGGCCUCGACGGGCUCCGGGCUCUGGGCUGAGAGGGCGCAGGCGGGUCCCCGGCACGCGAAGGGACCUUCCCGGCCCCAGGCUCUCGGCGCGGCUGCGGUGGUCAAAGGCCGCAGACACGCGGUCAGAUACCUGUGGGGCGGACCCGCUUGGCGAGGGCCCACGCCCGCCGCCCCCGAGGCGCCCCGCCCACCGCCCCCGAGGUCACCAAGGCACCGGUCCUCCGGGGACCUAGAGCGUCCCGGAAGUGUGCGCGGCCGGCCGGGCGGGGCGCGGGAGCACUUCCGGCCGGCAGGCGGGCGGGCGGCCACCUCCCGUUCGGAAGGUGUGCACUCCUCCAGCAGGCCUUGGGGGAAGAUGGCGGCCCUGGGGGACGGUCAGGAGCCCCCUCAUGUCCUGUCCACUGUCACUUUCGAGUCACCGGAGACACCUGGAGCCUACCACCACCACGAGGCCCAGCUUCACCUCCACGGCCAUCAACAUGGCUUCCCCGGCUGCAGCCCUGAGGUGUUCUCCCAGCCACCACAGGAGGAGGAUCUCCGGGACGUGGAGGAGGUCCAGACUGGCAGAGACACCUGCUGGCCAGAUCCCGAGUUGGAGCGCGAGCAGGCCCCGUCGUCUCCCCAGCCGCACAAUCCUGAAGACCAGGCGGACCAGGGCCCGGGGGUGCUCAGGACCCUUCUGAGGAGCCUUCCCCGUAGACCCAAGUGUGGGGACAGCUUUGGGCAGGAGUGCAGCCUGGAGCGGCCGGGGCCCGGGCCCCAUGCCCAGAAGAGAGGCACCUGGCGUGGGCCGCUCGGGCUGCAGGGAGCCUCGGGGACAGAGGGCGGCCCGGGGCGCGCCGCCGAGCUGGCGGGCAGCCUCGGCCGGGGCUCGGGCCUCGGUGCCCGGCGGGGUGGCCCGCGGGGCGGGAAGCCGCACAGGUGUGAGGCCUGCGGCAAGAGCUUCCAGUACAACUCGCUGCUGCUGAAGCACCAGCGCAUCCACACGGGCGAGAAGCCGUACGCCUGCCACGAGUGCGGCAAGCGCUUCCGCGGCUGGUCGGGCUUCAUCCAGCACCACCGCAUCCACACGGGCGAGAAGCCCUACGAGUGCGGCCAGUGCGGCCGCGCCUUCAGCCACAGCUCGCACUUCACGCAGCACCUGCGCAUCCACAACGGCGAGAAGCCGUACGAGUGCGGCGAGUGCGGCCAGGCCUUCAGCCAGAGCUCCAACCUGGCGCGGCACCAGCGGCUGCACACGGGCGAGAAGCCGUACGCCUGCAGCCAGUGCGGCAAGGCCUUCAUCUGGAGCUCGGUGCUCAUCGAGCACCAGCGCAUCCACACGGGCGAGAAGCCCUACGAGUGCCCCGACUGCGGCAAGGCCUUCCGCGGCCGCUCGCACUUCUUCCGGCACCUGCGGACCCACACGGGCGAGAAGCCCUUCGCCUGCGGCGCCUGCGGCAAAGCCUUCGGCCAGAGCUCCCAGCUCAUCCAGCACCAGAGGGUGCACUACCGAGAGUAGCGGGCGCAGGGGGCGCGUCAGCAGCCUGAGGUCGAGGCGAGUUCCCGCGGAGGGCUCCUGCCUUCGCGCCUCCUGGUUGGCGCAACCGGCGUCUCGUGCGUGUCCCGAAUAAAGUCUGUGUACUUGAUGGACGCGGGAGGAAGGCCACGUGGCUGCCCCCCAUCCCUGAGGGCUCCUCUCGGCGGAGGAGUGAGGGACCUAAGGCAGAGCCCACCGUGUGCCCUAGCGACCGAGGCCUGCAGGCAUCGUGACUUACCAGAGCCAUAGCCAGGGCGGGGUCAGGCACCCCAGGACGGGUGGUUUCCAGAUUGGGGGGGGGGCCGGGCUGCCCGCUGUCACCCUGGGCUGUAGUCUCUGGUGGUUUGGUUCCCUCAUGCAUCUGGGAGAAUGUGUGUAGCAUGUUCUCUCUGCAGCAAGCCCUCGGAUCUGCUGUUUGCCUUCUCACCCUGCCUCUGCUCCUGCUGGUGGCUGCCUGAGGCCAGCGGGCUUCAGUGGAAGGUGGCCCUGCCCAGCCUUCAUAGCUGCCUCCAGCCCUAGGAAGCGGGGGCCCCAAGGGGUUCCCCGCUUGACAGGUCUAGGCAACUGCAGCUGGGCAUUGGCUGUAGCCGGCUUCAGAUCUGCCAUGACUGCCCGGUAGCUCUCCGGCCCCUGUGGUAAAGGGGAGAGCCCAGCUGGGUGGGGACGCCUUCUGCCUGCCUGCCUGCCUGCUCCCUCCUGGACAGCUUUGGGACCCCCCCACCUGCACCACACACGGAGGAGUUGCCUGGCCCCUCUCCAGGGUAUAACUCCGCCUCGCCUCCGCAUCCUCUUUCCCCAUGACCCCAGUAGAGAGCCCUGUGGUUGGGCUGCCCCGCCUCUCCAGGCUACACUCCCAGGGCCCCGAGGCCAUCAAGCGCUUUGGACUCCCCCACGAGGGUCAGAACACCCCCUUGAGUCGUCUUUGCUGGUGCACUGUGACGCCCUAGAAGACGAGGGGCACCCGCCUUCUCCCCAGUCCCCUGUCCCUAAUACCACGCGGCUAUUGGGUAUCGUGAAGCUUCCACCUUGGGCAGCCAGGCCGCGGAGCGGGCGAGCAGAGCCCCCAGGGCUUUCCGGGGAGCGGCGGCUCAGCCUGUGCUCCAGAAGGGUCAUCCUGCAGCCUCAGCACCAAGGCUGGACUUGGGUACCUGCACCACAACCGGACUUAGCAGGCAGCCCCAGAGCAGAGCCCAGUGGUCCUCCACACUGUCCUAGACUGUCCUGGAGGAGGGUUCCAUCUGAUCCAUUCAGCACUUCCCGGGAACCUGGAACGCCUGGCAGGACCCAGACAAGGACUCCUCAGGGCAUCUUCUCUGCCCAUUGUGGCUGCCCAGGUUUAUCAGUAUCUGGCUGCACAGGACGUUAUAGUUCUCGACCCCUGACCGCUCCUGGGACGUGGGUACAGCCCAGAGUCUGCACUGUCCUCCUGCCUCGUGUCAGGCACAGGCGUCACGCCCCGCCUCCCCGCCAUCGUCAUCCUCCAGUUCCAGCUCUGUGCCCCGGCCUGCUCUGGAGCCUCUAUCCAGCCCUGGUUGCGAAUGCCUCUAGCUCAGCGGCCACUGUCCCUCGCCUCCCGCUGACCCCGUUAUCUCCAACCCCAUGGGCUGCUCUCCCUCCCACCCAGGCCCAUGUCCUCGGCUCCAGCCAGCCUCACACUCUUCCCUGAAGUGACCCACUGGUCUCCGGGAGACCAGGGUUAGUGUCUGCCUGCCCUGAUGCCAGCCCAGGCACUUACUGUCCCUCACGGAGCCUGUUUCCUCCUCUGGAAAUAGGGACAGCUGUCUGUUGGCACCGCAUAGGGUGAUUGGGAGGAUGGCCAUAGAAUCCUUUGCACACCACCAGGCAUACAGCAAAAACCCAUAAAAGGGGCUCCUGGAAAGGCUCUGUCGACAACCAGGGACAGGUCAGGAACACUGUUAAUGGACAGCCUCAGCAGAAAGCCACCUGGGGCCAGGGCCGGCCACGGCAAGUGUAAAAGAACAUUGAGGGAGAAGGAGUGAGGCACCAGGAAAGCGGUCCCUGUGCAUUUCAGAGCCCAGGAAGUGGUCACUUGUGUAGGGGCAGUAUCUGCUUUUGGCCCUAGAAGUAAAUAAAAGCCCUAUAGGAGCUUGAGCCCUAAAGAAAGGUGGUCCUGUGAGGAGCUCCCAGGGUCCCGCACAGGGAAGAGGGUCCAGGAGCUGACAAUCCAUCUUGGGCUCUGUGCAGAGUGUGGAGCGGGCUGCGUGUGCCUGUGAGUCGGGAAAUAACGACAAAGCUGGGCCUAAAUGUGGACGCUUUUCAGUUGGAUACAAGGGUUUUUAUUUUUACAUGAAUAUAAGCAGUGUGGCAUGAUGGUUAAGAGAAUCGACUUUGAAACUUAAAGCCCAACUCUACACUUAAGUGUAAUGUUGGACAAGUUAUUAGUCUCCACAUUUGUUUUCUAAUUAGGAAAAAAAAAAAAAAGAUGUAUUAGGGCUCUCCAGAGAAACAGACUCAAUUGGAGAGAUAGGUAGAUAGGUAGGCAGGUAUUCUUAGGAAUUGGCUCACGAGAUUAUGGAGGCUGAGAAGUUCUGAGACCUGCAGUCAGGAUGCCGGAGACCCAGGAGCGCCGAUGGCAUAGUUCCAGUCUGAAAGCCGGCAGGCCCAGGACCCAAGAAAAGCCAGUGUUUCAGUCCAAGUCCAAAGGUAGAGUGAGACUGACGCCCCAGCUCAACAGUCAGACAGGAGGAGUUCCGUAUUACUUUGUCUUUUUGUCCUAUUCAGUCUUUCAGCUGAUUGGCUGGGACCCACCCACAUUAGGGAGAACCUGCUUUACUCAGUCUGCUGCCUCAGAUGUUGAUCUCACUCAGAAUAACGUUUGACAAAAUAUCUGGACACCCUGUGGCCCAGUCCAGUUGACACAUAAAAUUAACCAUCUCGAGCAAGGAUAAGAUUGUACUUAAUGCCAUAGGGUUGGCCUCAUUCCUCCUGAUCUGGAUGUGCUCUCUCCCCGUGACGCAGAGCAGAGCUCAAAGCGGCCCCAGACCCAUUCGCGUCUAUUUUAGCCACUAGAAGGGUAAGGGAAGCAUCGCAGGGAAGGGCUCUGCUGGGUCCUGCUGGGGUCUCAUGCCACCCACUGUCCAUCCCUGGGCCAAGGGCUGUAAUCAGGGAGAUGGGCCCAGAGAUUGUCAUUCAGCCUGAUUCAAGGUCACACCCAUGCUGGCUGCAGGUUGCUGGGAUGGGCAAACAGAACCAUAAGGUCCUCUGCACACGUUUUCAAUACCAGUAUUGUCCACGCGCUUGUCUUUUUCAAUUGCUAUGCAACAUUCCAUAUUGGGCUACCUCAGUAUCCCAAGGUUUUCGGACUUUGAGAGACCCCAGAUUAAUGAUGGUCCAGAGGUGGAAGCCAAGACGUGGUCUAUGGACUCAUCUGCUCUGUGCCGUGUGCCCCAAAGCAGGUGGGCAGGAAGGCAGGCUCUCCCAGCAUCCAGCUUCUAAGGACAUUCACUCUACUUUGUAGCCCUGCUCUGCCACUCACUUCUAUGCCACCUGGGCAAGGUCCGUACCCUCUCUAAGCUGCAUCGGUAAGUUGGCGAUAGUGAUUCUAUUGAAUACAUCACAAGGUUUCUGUGAGCACUAAAUGAGAUCAUUAUGUGAAGAACCAGCAGAGCACAGGCCAGAAGCAGAAGUUAACAUCCACUUCCCACCUGGAAAAUAUACAUCCUCCCUCAU